AUGACCUCGCCCGUGGUGUCACGUCCAGCUCUGGGCUUCGAGGUUGCCCUGGGAACACUCUACGACUCCCGCAGCGAUACCUUCCUCUCUCAUUCGCUCUUCAAAGAGACACCAGCCAAUGCAGUUGACUCUAAGGCAAAGGCCAGUUCAACUGCCAAACUCAGCAAAGCGACCACGUUCCGCCAGAAGCUUGCUGAUCUGGGUGUUGGAACCGAACUCGGAGCCAGCAUUCUUGCGGGGCUUUCUUCCAUUGACGGCUGUGGCCUUUACUUGGCCGACCAUCACAAAACCCCCGGCGAUGUUGCCCAGUCUUCCUUGCACUAUACAGUCACGACGGUUGAGGAGGAGCUCAACCUCACUGCUAGUGGUGUGAAAGACCUCAUCAUACCCGACGUUCUUGAUAGCACCAGCGCAACCCACGUGGUCACCGGCAUCACCUGGGGUGCUCAAUUCAUCGUCACAGCCCGCACCAAAGCCGACGACCCUACCCAUGUCGCUCGUCUCCAGCAAUGCCUCGACAAGGAGCUUGAAAGUCUGCUACAGGCUGCUCUCGAAGCCUCCCAUGCCAUCGAGUUUUCUUCCACGGAGCUAUAUGAUGACGGUAACAGCGUCCUUCAUGACAGUAUUUUGUCAGUUCUGGACAAUGGUCUCGCUGGUGAUCCACGGCCGCCAGCCGCCCCAUCUUCAACUAGCUUCAUCCACGGCCUUCGCAGUCGCCUCUACGCUACCAAUGAUGCCCAGGGAAAGCCUAUUCAGUACAUUCUUAUGCCCGUGUCGCUGCUCUCUAUGCUUCGCCUCGUCGACAUCCAACAUCAGCCCGUCAUUCACCAACCCAACAUUGAUUACCUAACGUACUUUAUUCAGUUCCUUGACGACUGGGCAGAUGCACAACAGAAGUUCAACAAUUACGUUGUCCGAUGCAAGAAUUGCCCCACGGCUAUUCCACCCGAUCAUCUACGUCUUAUUGUGCGUAAGCUCCGCCCUGUCAAGACUGAUGAGUUUGCCUUUAAAGCAAGCUUUGCAGAAGCCCUGAAAGAUGUUCGUUACGGCAAAGCAAACGAAGACAGGCUUCACAAUCUGCUUGUAGAGGCAGAGGGCAGUGAGCUGUCACCUGAGAAACUCCGCUCCAUGGCAAACCAUCGUGGCACGCUUGAUUUCAAGGACCAGAUGAGCAGUCUGGGAGCGACCUAUAUUGGCUACGGCUCCACUUCCCUAACCACGAUUCUCUCACGCGGGAGUUACGACGACGCUUUUGUUCUCAAUUUCAACAGUAGUCUGCGAAACUCACGCGAGUGGGACGAGACAAUCCACCUUUUCGAGGAACUUUCUGCCUGUAAAGGUCACCAGACAAUACUGAUUGCUGUCGACGCCGAUGCUGUCGGGCACCUUUUGGACAAGGUCUACAUCUGCCAAUAUCGGAGCGGGCGUGUUUUCAUCGAAGAUCUACUGGAGCAUCGCAAGAUUCUGGCAUCCAACUGUAUCAUGCAAUAUGACCAAGAGUGGCUGGACAGCUCCAUCAACACUAAGCCAGUUCAACGACGUCCUGUCAAGGUCCCCUGUCCCCACCAAGAUUGUGACCAGACCUUGCAUUGCCAGUGGAUUUGCGCUUUAUGCCGUUCACUUGUUGAGUACGGCCAUGUUGAUGACCGCCUUUACUGUGACUGCGGAGCUACUCCUUUCGAUCAUUGGGACUUCAAGUGUCAGGAUCAAAGACAUGGGCCAAGAUGGACACGGUAUGAGCGUCCUGUGCUAUCUCAGCUUCUCACCAACCUCAAGCCCUUCAACGAACUGAACAUAUUGAUUCUGGGGGAGACAGGCGUGGGAAAAUCGACAUGGAUCAACGCCUUUGUCAAUUACCUGAGCUACGACACUCUCGAGGAUGCGCUGCAAGCGGAUGACUUGAAGUGGGUGAUACCUUGCUCCUUCAGUACCCAGCUCAAAGACGACUCAGACGGAAGAGGCAAGUUUGUUCAGAAGGAUAUAAAGAUUGGGUCAAGCAAAAGUGAACAUGACGGAGCUCGCGGGCAGUCAGCCACCCAGUCAACUGCUGUCUACACGGUUGAUAUUGACAACACAAGAGUUCGGCUCAUCGACACGCCUGGUAUCGGCGAUACCAGAGGCUUGGAACAGGACAACAAGAACAUGGCUGACAUUCUUCAUGUCCUUCGCACAUACAAGAAACUUCACGGAAUCUUGAUUCUUCUCAAGCCAAAUGCCUCGCGACUAACGGUUAUGUUCCGAUUCUGCAUCAAACAACUCUUAACCCAGCUGCAUCGUAACGCAGCCACCAACAUUGUCUUCGGAUUCACCAACACCCGUGGCUCCAACUACAAGCCAGGCGACACUUUCAAGCCUUUGGAAGCCCUUCUAAGCAGCUACACCACGGUUCAGCUGGGUCUGUAUGAACAAAACGUGUACUGUUUCGACUCGGAGAGUUUUCGCUACCUCGCUGCUCAGAAGAAAGGCAUUGACAUGGGUCUCCUCGAGGACAACAUGCGAAGCUGGGAAUACUCCGUCGCCGAGUGUAAGCGACUCGUCAAAUACGUCGGGGAACUUGCGCCUCACAACGUCCGCAGCACCAUCAAUCUUAAUGAGACCCGUGACUUGAUCAUCAAGUUGACAGAGCCAAUGGCGCUCAUUGCACAAAAGAUUGCAAGUAGCAUUGCGGUCAAUAAUGAUCAAAUAAAACAACUCCAGUCAGCGAAGCUUUCCAGAGACGAACUCGAGAAAAGUCUCUAUAUCCAACGAGAGAGCGUCGAGUCUUACGAGGUGGAUGCGCCUCGUACAAUUUGUGCCCAUCACGACUGCGUUGAGGUACGAAGCGACUUCCAAGGACGUGAUGAGACAGUGGUUGUCUAUAAGCAAAUGUGCCACAAGCCUUGUGGCCUUGGGAACAGCGUCAAGAGAAACACAAAGGGUGAUCCUGCGCUCAAGCAGUGCUGGGCCAUGCAGAAUGAUUUUUGCAAGAUGUGCGGUCACAACUACAUGGAUCACAUGCACAUUUACUACGACUAUCGAUCAAUGACUUACAAGUACAAGGACAAAAACAUCGCACAGGAUCUGAUUGAGAGGGCCACGAGACUUGAGCUUCAGCAAAAGGCCAUCGACAUGCGCAAGGAGGCAGUGGCAGAGUUCAAGCUUGAGUAUGCUCAAGUUCAAGAGGCAGCCAUUCAGUUCGGCUUCUUUCUCAAGCGCCACGCCAUUGAACCCUACAACGAUGCCACCAUUGAGUAUGUCGAUCAUCUGAUCAACCAGGAACGCCUCAAGAUCAAGAGCGGAGGCAAGAAGGACACUCUGGAGAUGCUCGAAAAGUACAAGGCAGAACACAUCCAGAAAGUCAAAGUUCUCACCGAAGCCAUGGACAGGGGCGAUUCGGACCGCGUAGUGGACGACCAAGGUGUUCGGCAGCUCGUCGACAGCUUGUACGGCCUGCCACACUUUGGCGAAGACCUUCGGAGAAUUGUCACUGUCAAUGAGAAAGCUGCCGAGGGUUCAUUUCGGGAGCGGUCAUACAAUGUAUCAGCUGGAUCACACUGGAAAGGGACAAGCAAGAAGUUGACAGUACGCCGAAAGAAGAAUGAAAGCAGGCUGAUGGCCAUGUCCAACCGGUUCGCGCCCCUGGCCUCGAUGUCCGGACAUGGUCCUAUGAGUGGCGGCUAUUCGCAUGAACUUAUUCAUGUUCCCAAUGAAGGGAGACUUGGGCGUGAGGGAAGUCCGGUGCUGCAUCACGAAGUUGUCCAUGUCUCGCAUGAGGGAAGGCUCAGAGGGGAGGGGGGCCCGACGGCGAUGGAGAUGGAUUCUCACUGGGAUCCCACCGUUACAAUACGUCUACAAGCUUCGAGGCUUGCUCGCUUUCUUGGAUUCGGUGGAAAUGCUUCUGGGUAA